AGUCAAUGCACCACAAUUUUUUGUGGUAGGGUUAGAGGGUUUCUCUAGUUAAUUUGCUCCAGAAUGUGCUCUUAUUGUCCAUUACGAGGCGUUGCGCUUCCCUGGGCACUGUCCUCUAGUAUAGAAUAUUAAAUCAGCUUGUUCUUGGACAGCAGUCUAGAACACGGAACGUAGUGCUUCUAGUGGAUUCUCAUGCUCUCUUCCAAUUUCCGUAGAGGCGCCGUGCUUAGCCUUCAUGCAAUGUAGUUACACAUCAGACCUUAAUUUCGGAAGGGCUGUUUGUGCCGAGCAUUGAGUAAGACUUUUGUUAACAUUUAGUCCAUUACAACUCGAGAUAAUAUCAGAGUGUCGAAUCUCGGACUUUGUUUGAGUAUGAGGAGUAUGCCAACACUUGCGAGCAGGAGUAUAUGCCAACACGAGUAUGAAUCAAUGUGGAGUUGUAACUGCCAGGUUCUGGCAGUUCCGCAUGCCAAAAGCUCUUUUCUUCAUCCAGUGCAGAGAUCUAUUGCGCUUCUGUCCGGCUUAGGUUGAGGGAUAAUGAAUUGGGGAACUAGCAAAACCUGGUGUGUAAUCGCACGCAGCUGUGUAAUCCUGGCGCCGUUCAAGUGAACUCACGAACCAGGACACAUACACUCGAGGGAUCCACUUCGACAAUCAAGCUCUGAUAACAACGUUAUAUAUAUAUAUAUAUAUAUAUAUAUAGAUAUAAACAUACAUAUAUCCACAUGCUCAGACAGAUGUGUGGGUGGGUAUGUGUGUGUGGGUGUGGAUAUAUUAUAAUAAUUUCUUACCGUAUGCUGAUUCUAAGUUGGUUGUCUGGAUCACAUGCUUUGUCCCACAAAAUUGUGGUGAUGAUUCGUUUUGUUGAAGUCCUUACACAGAGAACUGAAAGCUGUGGGUGGGUGUGAUUGACCAUCCCAGGGUUAGUUGCGAUGAAGAAGCCGCAAUUAGCAGUCAAGCUUGCCACAUGUGAAGAUACAUGUGGAAGAUGCUUGGACUGAGUCUCUAAAUCACUGAAGUAUUGGGAUUGCAAAUUCUUUUGAAGAUUUUGUCUAUGUCAAGCAGUAUUGUGCAUCACUGACCUACUCCGCCGUCCUACUCUACAUUGACUAACCAGGCAGUGCGUGCUCCUCGACCGUGGCCAUGGCAACCCUCUUUAAACUUUCGCAGUGGCGAUUCUCGUGUCUCUCUUCUCCGAUACCUAAUCGGUCGUUUCCUGGCACCACCAAUUGCGCUGUUUCUCCUCAUUCAGGAUCGAGCCUGAGCUCUUCCUUCCAGAAGCGCAUGGACCCCGUCGUUUUGAAACUGCGCUCGCGCGAGGAGCUUCACGAUGGCACCAGCAAAAUUCGCCACACGCUGCGUCCUUGUGCUGCUGUCGAGGCACCGACAACUGCAGGAGCGGGCUCAUUUACUUGUGAACGUGGCCAGGCUCUCCCUCUAGGUGUUUCUCAAGUUGAGAAAGGAAUCAAUUUUGCUCUCUUCUCUCAACAUGCGACAUCGGUGUCCUUGUGUAUAUACCUGGAGCCUUCGAGCACAGAUGCACCCACUCAAGUGAUUGAAUUAGACCCUCACAAACAUAAAACGGACAACACAUGGCACGUUCUGAUAAAUGAGCUUCCCCUUAAGGGGGUGUUGUAUGGCUACCGUGUAGAUGGGCCAAAGGGAUGGGGGGAGGGCCACCGUUUUGAUAGCCAGAAGGUGUUGCUCGACCCUUACGCCAAAUUGGUGGAGGGUCGCCGUGUGUUCGGUGAUUUAAGUCAGAAGAUGGCAAACUUUUUCGGCACUUACGAUUUCACUGCAGCUGCUUUUGACUGGGGAGAAGGCUAUCAGGCGCCUUCUCUACCCGAGAAAGACCUCAUUAUCUACGAAAUGAGUUUGCGUAGCUUUACAAGAGAUGAGUCUUCUGGAUUAGAGCAAGGUGUAAGGGGAAGCUACCUGGGACUGAUUGAGAAGAUUCCUCAUUUAAAGGAACUAGGGAUUAAUGCCGUUGAGCUACUGCCAGUAUUUGAAUACGAUGAGUUCGAGUUUCAGAGAAGGCCUAAUCUGCGAGACCACAUGCUUAACACAUGGGGCUACUCAACGAUAAACUUUUUUGCACCUAUGAGCCGGUUCGCAAGCAAUGGCGGUGGGCCUGUGGCAGCUUCGAAUGAGUUCAAGCAAAUGGUCCGUGCUCUGCACAAUGCAGGCAUUGAGGUGAUACUAGACGUGGUUUACAACCACACGAACGAGGCUGACGAUGAGCAUCCUUAUCUCACAUCCUUCCGUGGCAUUGACAACCUGAUUUACUACAUAGUGGAUUUAAAUAACUAUGUGCAGCUUGCAAACUACGGCGGCUGUGGAAAUACUUUCAACUGUAAUCAUCCUGUCGUCAUGCAGCUCAUCCUGGACAGUCUCCGCCACUGGGUCACAGAGUACCACAUCGAUGGCUUCCGGUUCGACCUUGCUAGCAUCCUCUGCCGUGAUACUGAUGGUAAACCUCUCUCGUCGCCUCCUAUCGUGAAAGCCAUUGCACAUGAUCCUGUACUGAGGAAUACUAAGCUGAUUGCCGAGCCCUGGGAUUGUGGAGGCUUGUAUCUCGUCGGCCACUUUCCUAACUGGGACAGAUGGGCUGAAUGGAAUGGAAAAUAUCGUGACGAUGUUCGAAGAUUUAUCAGAGGGGAUGCAAGAAUGAAAGGGCCGUUCGCCACUCGGUUAGCUGGCUCUGCUGAUUUGUAUCACAACCAUAAUAGGAAACCCUACCAUAGUAUCAAUUUUGUGAUUGCACACGAUGGGUUUUCUCUUUACGACCUCGUAGCGUACAACAUGAAACACAAUGCAGCGAACGGGGAAGCUGGGCAGGAUGGCUCCAAUGAUAACCUCAGCUGGAAUUGUGGGGUUGAAGGCGAAACAAAUGAUAAUGGAGUGAAUGCCAUUCGUAAUCGGCAGAUGAAAAACUUCCAAGUAGCACUGAUGGUCUCCCAGGGUACGCCCAUGAUCUUGAUGGGAGACGAAUAUGGACAUACGCGCUUUGGGAACAACAACAGCUAUGGACACGAUACUGUAAUCAACCACUAUCAAUGGAAACAGCUGGAGUCGAAGCGUGAUUUUCAGUUUCGUUUCUUUGCAUCGACCAUAAGGUUUCGUAAAGAGCACCCUCUUCUUGGACGAGAAUCGUUUCUCUCUGACAAUGAUGUGACUUGGCACGAGCAUGACUGGUCGAAUCCAGAGAGCCGGUUCAUUGCUUUCACUCUUCAUGAACGUAACUUGGGUGGAGGUGAUCUGUACGUUGCCUUCAACUCGCACAAUUUUUCGGUGCCAGUGGAGGUCCCGGCUCCACCUUCUGGUAAGCAUUGGGUGCGGGUUGUGGACACGAACUUACCAUCUCCAGAUGACUUUUGCGAUGAAGGCAAGGUUAGGGUCGGGAACCAUUAUGAGAUGAGUUCUUUCUCUUCAGUUGUGUUCCAUGCUAGAUCGUAAAGGUUUGACAAGAAAAUCAAAAAACGAGUUGGACCAACAACGUGUAGCUGACUCGUACAUACCAAGCAGGGAAGGAUUCAAUGUGCGGAUUUCUGCAGUACCAUUAUAGUAAACGGAAUGCCCAGCUUAGGCGCUUCUAAUCCAGUAAUCUAUUUUUGUCUGUGUAUUGAUAGUCGAGUGCAGAGCACUGAAUGAGUGGAACUGUCACUCAUAAACCUUGUUUUGAGGCUCAGCUUAAGCCUAACGCUCGAGUACUUGUUUUGAUCCCUUAAUCAACGACUAUCCAGAUCUGCCCUGCUAA